AUGGAAUCAAUAAUAUUUGGUGUUUGUUUGGUUGACUUUCAUCAUAAAAGAGGUCCAGAAGUAGAAUAUUGGUAUGGUUUACCAGACGGCGUUCAAGCAGAUCGAUUAUGGACAGAUUUACCAUUUCAAGCCCUUCCGGAUGGCUCACAUUCUUUUGAAGAAACGUUCACAUACUUCACCUUACUUUAUAAUAAACAAGAUAAAUCUAGUUAUCCAAAUGAUGUAACUAAAAUAUCAGAGAGUGAAAUGGAGAAUUAUACGACAUUGUAUGGAAUAUCGUGUUCACAACAGAUUAAAUCUGAUGAACUUUUGAUUAAAGAUGAGAGUGUAACUAGAUCGACUGUUCAAAAAGCAAUUGUGGUGAUAUCUUUUAAACCAAUUCUAAGUCAAAUUAAAGAGAAGUUAAGUAUUGUUACCAAUGUAUUCUUCAUGCAGCAUGAUUUUACAGACAAGAAAAUAAUAAAUACAUUAUAUGAUAGUCUCAUAUCGAUAUAUAGUCCCAUUAGUUAUAAAUACUUGUCACAAGACAACGAUAAUAGUCAAACUUAUAUGGGCAUACAUUUACAAAAUUUAUUAUUGACAUACAAAAAAAAUUUAUUGGUUUUGUUAAAGGCAUUGCUAUUGGAAAGAAAAAUUAUUGUUUAUGGGAACCAUGUUGAAAAUAUUUGUAAUUUACAAUUUGGUUUAAUAAGUCUAAUACCUGAUUUAAUAUUUAACUUGGAUGAUUCCAUUAGUCCACAGUUAUAUGAUAAGAAAGGCCUGGAGAAUGGGCAAGUAGUUGACUCUUUUAAAUCUAGUGAUAAAAAAUCUGUUUAUAAGUUUCUUGGGUUACCUUUACGAAUAUUUGAGAAAGGUGGAUUGUUUUCACCUUACACACCACUACAACAAAUUGGUAACAUUAAAAGUGAUAAGACAAAAUUUUUCAUGAUUGGAACGUCAAAUUCUUUAUUAUACGAACAAAGAGACCAAUUAUGUGAAGUUUUUGUUAAUAUGGAUGAAAACACUAUUGAGAUUCUCAAUAAAGAUUUGCAACCAUUAUUAAGUCUUUCACAUCAUGAUAAGAAAUGGAUUGAUUCACUUGUGGAUAUUGUUAAUUCAGUAGAGACUUCUAACAACAUUAGUUCGGAUAAUUUAGACGAAAAAUCUACAAAGAUAACAAAUAUAUCAUAUGAAGGUAGUGAUGAUUUCCUUCGAAGUCAAUUUGAAGAAUAUUUGUUUGGUUUAUUAAGCAGUGUAAAAUUAUAUGAAUAUCUGAAGUUACAUGAUGGUAAUGAAAUGGCAAUGGCUACAAUUCCAGAAGAUAUGAUUAAAAAUAGACCAAUAAAUACAUUUAAUAUUAAUUGGGUAAAAUCAUGGUUGACUACACAAAAUUUCCGCAUUUUCAAUGCUAUAACAGAUGAUCGUAUUUUUGAUUUAUUCCCGCCAAGACAUGUUUACAAUGGUGUUGAUCCAUUUACUAUAUUUCAACAAAGGUUUCUAAAUACUUUACAAAAUUUGAAAAAAAGUACGGCUAGUCGAAGUAAGGAGAGUAUUAAUAGUGACGCAAAGAAUCUAGAUAAAAAUAACGAUAAGGAAAAUGUUGAUAAUGAUAACAGUAUAAAUAAAGUUUCUAAUGAAGAUGAAGCAAAUAGUAUAUCAAGAACAGCGUCUGGAUCUCAGUCAAUCUUAAAUUCAUCAAUGGUAUCUAACAGUCAGUUGCAACCACCAACAAAUAAUAUAUGGAGCCAAUGGAAAGAGUAUUUUAAAAAGGAUAAGAAAGAGCAACACCAACAAACAGAACAAUCUACAAGAGAUGAUGACCAAUUAACCACUUCAAAAAAUGAAUUUCUCAAAGAAAAGGAAGAAGAUAUGUCUCAUGUUACCAAGGAGAUUAGUUUAAAUAAUAAUUUAUCUCACAAAAGUACAAGAAAUGUUUUUGAAAAUGCUUUAUUGGGACUUGGAAUUUAUGUCAAUAAAAAUCAAAAUGAAGAUAGUAGCGACGAGACGGUAUCUGGUCUAUCUAUUUCUCAUAAUAAUAGUGGUGAGGAAUUAAAUGUUGAUUCGACCGUUGUUUUAGAUAAAGGGAACUAG